AUGAUGAGGUCCGCAGUCGCUCUUUCCGCUCUUUCCAUGCUCGCUGGCACCGAGGCUGCUGAGACCGUUCUGGGGGCCUACAUUUUCCACAGACAUGGCGAUCGAACACCCAAAGCACUCGCUCCCACCAACCUGACUGCUCUCGGCUACGAGCAGGUCUAUACGUCCGGCUCGUACUACCGCUCGCGCUAUCUAGAAGGCAGCUCUAAGAUCAAUGGUAUCAACGAGGACAUCGUCAAGCUCUCACAGCUUUCUGUGAUGUCCCCCGUCGACAAUGUCCUACAGAACUCAGCUACAGCUUUCUUGCAGGGGCUCUACCCUCCUGUUCAGACCGUGCAGACUCUUGGUAACGGUCAGAGUGUACAAGCACCCAUGGACGGCUACCAAUUGAUCCCCGUCAACACGAUUGAGACCGGUGCUGGUUCAGAGGACGCGGGCUGGCUGCAAGAUGCUUCGAGCUGCCAAAAUGCAAAGACCAGCUCGAACAACUACUUCAACAGCGAAGAGUACAAUGCUAUCGCAUCCAGGACCAAGGACUUUUACUCCUCUCUUGUUCCUUCCAUCAACAACGUGAUCAGUGAAGAUCAGGUCACUUACAAGAAUGGCUAUAUCGUCGCAGGUAUGCAACUUGCCGGAGAAAUCCUGAAAUACAUGGAGGCCCUCAUCUCUGGCAACGGUGCUCAGAAGUUGGGCAUUCAAUUUGGCCCCUAUGCCACUUUCCUCUCUUUCUUCGGCCUUGUCGACCUCCCCAAGGUCAGCGACGACUUCACUGGCGUUGUCGACUACGCUAGCUCCAUGUCUUUUGAACUCAUCACUGAGGCUGACGUCUCGAACGGGUUCCCCAGUGAGAACGACCUGAGUAUCCGCUUCCUGUUCCAUAACGGUACCGCUUCCAAUACCAGCGAGCCCACUGCAUACCCUCUCUUUGGCGGCUCGUCUGAAACCGUGUCAUGGGCAGACUUCCAGAACAGCUUGAACCAAUUCGCCAUCACCAACACCGAGCAGUGGUGCACCAAAUGUGGUAACUCGACAGGCAUUUGUGCUGCUUAUGCCAGGGACAAUAUUUUUAUCCAGAGCAGCAAUGGUAGAGCAAAUGGUAUGAGCCCAACUGUUGGUGGUGUAAUUGGUGCCUUUGUCACUUUGGCUGUUGUCCUAGGUUCUCUCGCGCUUUUCAUGAUGGUCGGCGGAUUCAGGCUCAUGAGUAAGAAGAAGAUGGCAGAGGCCGUUCAGGCAAGCAGCAUCGAGCCCAAGGCUUAG